AUGACGAGCUCAACUACCGGCAUCUUACCAAUGGUCAGCUCAUCGAACGCCUUCCCCACACGGCAUCUCCAACCGCGCAUGGACAAGCUCCUGGACAAUGAUCUUGAAGGUAAUGUCAUGUGGGAAGAAACAGAUCUCCCCGCCAUCACCCCUUCUCUCAUGGAUCACCUGAUCACCAUAUUGACUCUUCACAUUGUGGACAUCGAGAAUAUUACCUACCACAGCAGGGUGCCCAUAUUCACCGAUAGCAAGUGGCAACUCAAUAAAGAUGCGAAGAAGCAGACACCGAAGCAGAAGCAGGCACUGGAUGCACGUUCUGAUCUGGAAGAGUUGAAGAUAGAUCGUGAAGGAUCCUCUGCAUCAGUGGCCUCUGACACCAGCGACCAGACCUCGGGCUGUCGAGAAUACAACCCCCAAAACCCGAUCAGCAGGUUAUCCUUGAAGCAGACCGAAGAGCAAAAAUGGGUGCAUGUCUUCAAUUCUAUCUACACAGCCAUGCGCAUGAAAUACAGGGAUACGCACCCUUUUUGCUCAUCUGUAUUCCCUUUCGAGCUCCAAAUACCCAAAUGCCCACAUCGACAUUGGUCUCCAGAGUUCUGCAAUACUCCUAUUCCGGACGCGACCAACGUCCAAAAAUCCGACAUAGUCAUGCUUAAUAGCAAUGUUCAAUCAAAAGGCUGGGCGCACAUCCUUACUUGCAUCGAGAUCACCGAAUCUGAUCUUAGUGCACACCGCGACAUACCAUUGUUCAAGGGGACAACCACCAAGGGUUAUCUCAUGAUGCGAGAACAACCUUGGUGUCGCUUCGUCGUCCUUUUCAGCCUUGCAUCAAACAAUCUCCGCCCUCAUUAUAUGGACCGCUCGGGCCUCAUCAUCACACGCCCUAUCUCAGUCAUCAAAAACCUGGCACGUCUUGUCGAUAUGCUUAACACCAUGUCGCUAGCGAACAGCAAAGCGUAUGGCAUGGAUCCCACCAUGCAUAUGUGCGAUGAGUCAUGCGAGGAAACGGAAUGUGACUUGGAGGGCAAGGCGAUAGGCUGGAUAGAGGGCAAGGACAAGGAAAAAUUAUUUAUUAUAUCCAUCUUAUGGAGAAGCCAGGGUCUUUUCUCCCGCGGAACUGUUUGUUAUUGUGUUCGGGAUCAGCAUGGACGAGACUAUGCACUGAAGGAUUGUUGGGUGGAGGAGGCAAAGAGAACCAACCCACGAGGAAAAGCGCACAAGGCGAUGGUACAAAGGAAUGUCCUACACGGAGACCUUAGCCCCAACAACUUUGUUAUCUUCGAUGGACACGGCUACUUCAUCGACUUUGACCACGCUCAGAUCAUCAUGGAAGUCAACACUAGUUUUCGUUCACGGGGUACUGGUACUGUGCCAUACAUGUCUAUCCGCCUUCUCUAUGCAGCAGCUGCAAUUGAAAGAGCCAAUGGUGGGGAAAGUGUGGUGAUCGAACACACUGCCAGUGAUGACCUUGAAUCUCUGUUCUACAUCUUUGUCGACUGCGUUACCACGUUCGAUGGGCUGAUGGGCAAGCAAACAGACCCCAAGAUGGAACGGUGGGGUCAGGCCAUUGAGGACAUGGAUGCAGAUCAGAAGCGCGGAGGCGUUACUCAUGAAGAGAUUGAGGAAGUCCUCAAUGCAUGGAUGUCUCAUGAGGGUGCUGAUGAGCCUCUUCCACCGGAAGAAGUUCAUUGA